AUGUCGCGGAGGAAGCAAGCGAAGCCUCAACAUUUCCAAUCCGACCCCGAAGUGGCCUCGCUCCCCCGGCGAGAUGCCCUCAGAGAUGACCACACACCAUUUGUACAACAGAAGUUGGUGUUCCCCAUGCUGGGCAAACAAUGGGACGCCAUCCUGUCUUUGAAUAGGAUGUUAGCUUGGAGUUGGAGAUUUUUAUGUUUAAUUUACACAUGGAUCUUAGUGAGAAGAAAUCUGAGCAACCAGUGGAAACAAACAUGAAAUAAAGGGAUUUUAUAAUGAAAGGAGACACAGAGAAGGGUCAAACCAACCGUACCACUAAGAGCAAGGACGCCCACGUCUGCGGCCGGUGCUGUGCAGAGUUCUUUGAGUUGUCAGAUCUUCUGCUCCACAAGAAGAACUGUACUAAAAACCAAUUAGUUCUGAUCGUAAAUGAAAGUCCAGCCUCCCCACCUGAAACCUUCUCCCCCAGCCCCUCUCCCGAUCACCCCGAGGCACAAAUGAAUGACACGGCUAACAAAACAGAGCAAGGCGGCUGCAGCGACCUGGCGGAACACCACGGACCGGACAGGGAAGAGUCCAUGGAGGUGGAGGCCCCGGUGGCCCACAAAGGCGCCAGCGGCCCCCUGAGCAGCGGUGGCGACAGCGGCGGCGCCCCCCCCAGCUGCAGCAGCGGCAGCUCCUGCACAGGUACCUCAGCGAUCACAACCUCUCUACCUCAACUCGGGGACCUGACAACACUGGGCAACUUCUCCGUGAUCAACAGCAACGUCAUCAUCGAGAACCUCCAGAGCACCAAGGUGGCAGUGGCCCAGUUCUCCCAGGAAGCGAGGUGCAGCGGGGCCUCGGGAGGCAAGCUGGCUGUGCCGGCCCUGAUGGAGCAGCUCUUAGCCCUGCAGCAGCAACAGAUCCACCAGCUGCAACUGAUCGAGCAGAUUCGUCACCAAAUAUUGCUGUUGGCUUCUCAGAACACAGACUUGCCAACACCUUCUAGUCCUUCUCCAGGUACUUUACGAACAUCUGCCAACCCCUUGUCCACACUCAGCUCCCAUUUAUCUCAGCAGCUGGCGGCGGCAGCUGGGCUAGCACAGAGCCUCGCUAGCCAAUCUGCCAGCAUCAGUGGUGUGAAACAGCCCCCCCCCAUCCAGCUACCUCAGAGCAGUUCUGGCAACACCAUCGGUCCACCCCACAGCGGCUCUUCCCCCAACGUUCACAUACUGGCGGCGGCAGUUCCCACCCCAUCCUCGGAAAAAGUGGCUUCGAGCGCGGGUGCCUCCCAUGCCAGCAACCCCGUGAUCUCGGCAUCAUCCUCACCAGCUUUUGCAAUAAGCAGUCUAUUGAGUCCUGCAUCUAAUCCACUUCUACCUCAGCCGGCCCCCGCUAACUCGGUUUUCCCCAGCCCUUUGCCCAACAUCGGAACGACGGCAGAGGACUUAAACUCCUUGUCUGCCUUGGCCCAGCAAAGAAAAAGCAAGCCACCAAAUGUCACCGCCUUCGAAGCGAAAAGCGCUUCGGAUGAGGCAUUCUUCAAACACAAGUGCAGGUUCUGCGCGAAGGUCUUCGGAAGCGACAGCGCCUUGCAGAUCCACCUCCGUUCCCACACCGGAGAGAGGCCCUUCAAGUGCAACAUCUGUGGCAACAGGUUCUCCACCAAGGGGAACCUCAAAGUCCACUUCCAGCGCCACAAAGAGAAGUACCCUCAUAUCCAAAUGAACCCCUAUCCCGUGCCUGAGCAUUUAGACAACAUCCCCACCAGUACCGGCAUUCCCUACGGGAUGUCCGUUCCUCCAGAAAAGCCGGUCACUAGCUGGUUAGACACCAAACCGGUCCUGCCCACUCUGACCACGUCAGUCGGACUGCCGUUGCCCCCGACCCUACCGAGCCUCACCCCCUUCAUCAAGACCGAAGAGCCAGCCCCCAUCCCCAUCAGCCAUUCCGCUGCCAGCCCCCCGGGCUCUGUUAAAAGCGACUCCGGGGCCCCCGAGCCGGCCACGAGAAACCCGGGUGGGCUCCCGGAGGAAGCGGAAGGUCCCACCGGGCCCCCUUCCAGUGGCAAAAGUGAAGAGGGUGGCGUGGCCCCCGGCUCGGCCCCAGCUGUGAGCACCGGCGCACUGAGCUCCCUAGCAUCUGAUGGUGGCCCGGGCAGUGCCUCGACUUUCACCAACCCUUUGCUGCCGCUCAUGUCUGAGCAGUUCAAGGCGAAGUUUCCUUUCGGGGGACUCUUGGACUCAGCCCAGGCCUCAGAGACGUCCAAGCUUCAGCAACUGGUCGAAAACAUUGACAAGAAAGCCACUGACCCCAAUGAGUGUAUCAUCUGCCACCGGGUCCUCAGUUGUCAGAGUGCCUUGAAGAUGCACUACCGCACCCACACUGGGGAGAGGCCCUUUAAGUGUAAGAUCUGCGGCCGGGCUUUCACCACGAAAGGGAACCUGAAAACUCAUUACAGCGUCCACCGUGCUAUGCCCCCGCUCAGAGUCCAGCAUUCCUGCCCCAUCUGCCAGAAGAAGUUCACGAAUGCCGUUGUCCUACAGCAGCACAUCCGAAUGCACAUGGGGGGCCAGAUCCCCAACACCCCAGUCCCUGACAGCUACCCCGAGUCCAUGGAGUCUGACACGGGCUCCUUUGAUGAGAAAAAUUUUGAUGACCUAGACAACUUCUCCGAUGAAAACAUGGAAGACUGUCCCGAGGGCAGCAUCCCAGACACGCCCAAGUCCAUGGACGCGUCCCAAGACAGCCUGUCUUCCUCGCCUUUGCCUCUAGAGAUGUCAAGCAUUGCUGCUUUGGAAAAUCAGAUGAAGAUGAUCAAUGCCGGCCUGGCAGAGCAGCUGCAGGCCAGCCUGAAGUCAGUUGAGAACGGGUCGGUGGAGGGGGACGUCUUGACCAACGAUUCGUCCUCGGUGGGUGGUGACAUGGAGAGCCAAAGUGCUGGCAGCCCAGCCAUCUCAGAGUCUACCUCCUCCAUGCAGGCUCUGUCCCCAUCCAACAGCACCCAGGAAUUCCACAAGUCACCCAGCGCCGAGGAGAAGCCACAGAGAGCAGGAGCAAGCGACUUUGGCAAUGGUUUGUCCCCCACCCCAGUGAACGGGGGGGCUUUGGAUUUGACAUCCAGUCACACAGAGAAAAUCAUCAAAGAAGAUCCUUUGGGGAUCCUCUUCCCUUUCAGAGACCGGGGUAAAUUUAAAAACACUGCUUGCGACAUUUGUGGCAAAACCUUUGCUUGUCAGAGUGCCUUGGACAUUCACUACAGAAGUCAUACCAAAGAGAGACCAUUUAUUUGCACCGUCUGCAAUCGUGGCUUUUCCACCAAGGGUAAUUUGAAGCAACACAUGUUGACACAUCAGAUGCGAGAUCUACCAUCCCAGCUCUUUGAGCCCAGUUCCAACCUUGGCCCCAAUCAGAACUCGGCGGUGAUUCCCGCCAACGCGUUGGCAUCUCUCAUCAAGACAGAGGUCAACGGCUUCGUGCACGUGACUCCUCAGGACGGUAAGGACACCCCCACCGGUCACGUCCCUUCUGGGCCUCUGUCCUCCUCUGCCACAUCCCCAGUUCUGCUCCCAGCUCUGCCCAGGAGGACCCCCAAGCAACACUACUGCAACACGUGUGGCAAGACCUUCUCCUCGUCGAGUGCCCUGCAGAUUCACGAGAGAACUCACACUGGAGAGAAACCCUUUGCUUGCACUAUUUGUGGAAGAGCUUUCACAACAAAAGGCAAUCUUAAGGUACACAUGGGCACUCACAUGUGGAACAGCACCCCUGCCCGCCGGGGUCGCCGGCUCUCCGUGGAUGGCCCCAUGACAUUUCUAGGAGGCAAUCCCGUCAAGUUCCCAGAAAUGUUCCAGAAGGAUUUGGCAGCCAGGUCAGGAAGUGGAGAUCCUUCCAGUUUCUGGAAUCAGUAUGCAGCGGCGCUCUCCAACGGGCUGGCGAUGAAGGCCAACGAGAUCUCGGUCAUUCAGAACGGAGGCAUCCCUCCAAUUCCUGGAAGCCUGGGCAGCGGGAGCAGCUCACCUAUUAGUGGGCUGACGGGAAACCUGGAGAAGCUCCAGAACUCAGAGCCCAGUGCGCCCCUGGCUGGCCUGGAGAAGAUGGCAAGCAGCGAGAAUGGAACCAACUUCCGUUUCACCCGCUUCGUGGAAGACAGCAAAGAGAUCGUCACAAGUUAAAGCCACUCUGGCUGGAGAAAGAGCAUCCCUGUUCAGAAUGAGACCCACGGUUGCCUCCUACUCCUUGCCCUGUGCCCCUCACCUUCUGGUUCCCCCAGGUCUCUGAACUACAACAUUCUGAAGACAUUCUUUUGUACCUUGUUCAACUUCUAGAGUUCUAAGAAAGCUUAUUUAUUAGUGAUAUAACCUGGCUUUGCAAACAGAAUGCAAGCGUUAACUUUGGUCUUCUGUAUUUUUGGACUAAAUACUAAUUGACUAGAGUCCUGUAAACUUGCUGUAACAUUUAUGGCAAUUUCAAGUUGCCCUGCUAGGCGGUCUUAAUCUGGCAUUAACUUAUUUUCUAUAUCCAGUUUAAUAUGAAUCUGGUGUUGAUGCAAUGCCUCAGUGAUGCAUUAGAUCUCUAAUAAAAUCUGUAUAUAAAUGUACACUUUGAUCCUGCUGGAAAAUUUUAUCAGCAAACACAUUGUCUAAUCUUUUGAAACAAAUUUAAGGAAGGGACUGAAAGUACAGACUGAACUGUGUGGUUCUUUGAAAGGUUUGGGUUUUGUUUGUUUGUUUGUUUUUUUUUUUUUUUUUUGAUUUCGAUUCUAAAAUUCAACCUGGUUUUUGUUUUGUUUUUUUGUAGAUUUAACCCUUUCCGUUUUGAACUGCUAUUUGUAUCGUGCUUUUUACUUGAGUCGUUCUCAAUGUUAAUAAGUUCUGUACAGUGAUAAGCACGCAGAAUUCUUUAGAGAAAAUACAAGUGUUGUUUUGGUAGUUGAAACUAAGACGUAACAUUUUGCCUUGUAGGUAUAUUCACAAUAGAAAAUGUGUGCUGGAAUUUCACAAUGCUGCUAAGUAUAGCAUCUUGAACAACCUUCAGUGGAAAAAAUGUAGAUGCUCUUGUAUAUACAAUAAGAAAUAUCACUUUCAUUAAAAUGUACAUAUGUUCCUUACAAGAGCAAAUGCUUCUUCUUGAUCAAGAGAGCAGGUAUAGUGUUUCUUUAUUUUGUAUUAGGUAUGGAAGAAAAAAAAUUGGACUGUUACAUGCACUUUCUUGGAAAGUUGAAAGGAAAGGGGGGGUCCAAUUUCUUUAACAUUUAAUACUUACUAACAACAGAGAUACUGUAAUUUUACUCAAGUAAUCAAAUACAUUUUUUUUGCAACAGAUAAAACAAAAUACUGUGUCUGUGUUUUUAGAGUGCAUUUCUAUUUAGCCAGGCCCUGAAAUGUAUUUUAACAUUUCCCCAGGCACCAGUAAAUUGCGUAUGU